AUGAAAUAUAAAGUUGAUGAUUCAAAGUUAUUCAAAGAUUAUUAUGAAGGUUGUAUACGCAUUGCAUUUUCAUCGAAUGAUGAUCAAUUAUUGUAUAGUGCAGGAUUACCAGAUUUAAAUUUGCCUGUGUGGUAUAUACUGUCGACAUCAGGUCAACAGAAACAACAACAACAACAAAAACCUGUCACAUGUUUAUCACCAGUGGAUGAACAACACGGUUAUCUAAGUAUUGAUGUCGCUUCAAGAACGCAUAUUCUUGCAACUGGUUUAGUAAAUGGUGAAGUAUGGUUAUAUAAUGUACAGAAUAUGUCUACACCAAUUCAUUGUAUCUCUAUUGGAUCAGGUAAUCAUUCUAUUCGUCUACUUUCAUUCUCAUCCACUUUACGAGCUGAUCUAAAUGACGUAGGCUUUAUUAAAUAA